AUGAGUUUGAAGGAAGUAGACAUUGCUGUCUCUGAAACAUCAGACGAAAAGACCACCAUUGAAAAACAAGAAGGUAUUGCCAUCUCUGAAUCACAAGAAGACAUUGCAAUCUCUGAAACACAAGAAGACGUUUCUAUCUCUGAAACACAAGAAGAAGUUACUAUCUCUGAAUCACAAAAAGACGUUGCAAUCUCUGAAACACCAGAAGAAAUAGCUGUCUCUGAAGAAGCAGAGGCCAUUGCUAUCUCUGAAACACAAGAAGAAGUUGCUAUCUCUGAAACACAAGAAGACAUUGCUAUCUCUGAAACACAACAAGACAUUGCUAUCUCUGAAACACAACAAGACGUUGCUAUCUCUGAAACACAACAAAACAAUGCUAUCUCUGAAACACAAGACAUUGCUAUAACUGAAGCCGAUGUUGAAGCAGCAAUUUCUGAAAUUGAAGGUAUGGUGUUACCCAAAGAAGCACUGGAAUAUGAGUUUGAAAAAGAAGUAGACAUUGCUAUCUCUGAAACGCCAGACGAAAAGACCAUCACUGAAAAACUAGAAGGUAUUGCUAUCUCAGAAACACAAGAAGACAUUGCAAUCUCUGAAACACAAGAAAACAUUGCUAUGUCUGAAACACCAGAAGAAAUAGCUGUCUCUGAAGAACCAGAGGUCAUUGCGAUAUCUGAAGAACAAGAAGAAAUAGCUGUCUCUGAAGAACCAGAGGCCAUUUCAAUCUCAAAAACACCAGAAGAAAUAGCUGUCUCUGAAGAACCAGAGGCCAUUGCGAUCUCAGAAACACCAGAAGAAAUAGCUGUCUCUGAAGAACCGGAGGUCAUUGCGGUCUCUGAAGAACAAGAAGAAAUAGCUGUAUCUGCAGAACCAGAGGCCAUUGCGAUCUCAGAUACACCAGAAGAAAUAGCUGUCUCUGAAGAUCCAGAGGUCAUUGCGAUCUCAGAAACACCAGAAGAAAUGGCUGUCUCUGAAGAACCAGAGCCCAUUGCAAUCUCUGAAACACAAGAAGACGUUGCUAUCUCUGAAGCACAAGAACACAUUGCAAUCUCUGAAACACAAGAAGAAAUAGCUGUCUCUGAAGAACCAGAGGCCAUUGCUAUCUCAGAAAUACCAGAAGAAAUAGCUGUCUCUGAAGAACCAGAGGUCAUUGCGAUCUCUGAAGAACAAGAAGAAAUAGCUGUCUCUGAAGAACCAGAGGCCAUUGCGAUCUCAGAAACACCAGAAGAAAUAGCUGUCUCUGAAGAACCAGAGGUCAUUGCGAUCUCUGAAAAACAAGAAGAAAUAGCUGUCUCUGAAGAACCAGAGGCCAUUGCGAUCUCUGAAACACAAGAAGAAAUAGCUGUCUCUGAAGAACCAGAGGCCAUUGCGAUCUCUGAAAAACAAGAAGAAAUAGCUGUCUCUGAAGAACCAGAGGUCACUGCGAUCUCUGAAACACAAGAAGAAAUAGCUGUCUCUGAAGAACCAGAGGCCAUUGCGAUCUCUGAAGAACAAGAAGAAAUAGCUGUCUCUGAAGAACCAGAGGCCAAUGCGAUCUCUGAAAGACCAGAAGACAUUGCUAUCUCUGAAACACAAGAAGACAUUCACAAGAAGACAUUGCUAUCUCUGAAACACAAGAAGACAUUGCUAUCUCUGAAACACAAGAAGACAUUGCUAUCUCUGAAACACAAGAAGACAUUGCUAUCUCUGAGACACAAGAAGAAGUUGCUAUCUCUGAAACACAAGAAGACAUUGCAAUCUCUGAAACACAAGAAGAAGUUGCUAUCUCUGAAACACAAGAAGACAUUGCUAUCUCUGAAACACAAGAAGACAUUGCUAUCUCUGAAACACAAGAAGACAUUGCUAUUUUCGAAACACAGCAAGACAUUGCAAUCUCUGAAGACAGAAGCUGAAGCAGAUCUUGGAGCGACUAUUUCACAAAUGAAGAAAUUGCUGUGA